CGUGCGCGUGGGUUUCCGUUCCCGCCGGCGCGCGCGCGUGGCGGGCGCGGGAGGGAGCGGGAGUAAGGGAGCGUGCGGCGGCACCGGGUGCGGCACCAAGCGAGUUUCCCGCUCCGCUUCCCGCCGGGAAAGCCGGGCGGGGGCAGCACCCGCUCCCUGCCUCCCACCGCGGCAGCGGGGGAGCGGCCCCGCCCGUGACGCGAGGGGCAGGGCCGAGCGCCCGCCGCGCCUCGGGCCUUGUAGGCCGCUGUCGGCGUGACUCGGCCGGGCCGCGCCGCCCCCCCCCCCGCGCUCAAGAUGUCGGCGCAGGCCCAGAUGCGUGCCAUGCUGGACCAGCUCAUGGGCACGUCCCGGGACGGUUCAAUGUAUCUUUGCCUGCCUACAUCAAUCUGCAAGGGAGUGUCAGAAAGGCCCCGCAUUCGCCGAGCCGUGACACCACCCGCCAGCGAAUCAAAUUCAGUGAUGACCGAGUGUGCAAGAGCCACCUUCUCAACUGCUGCCCUCAUGAUGUGCUCUCUGGAACUAGAAUGGACCUUGGAGAAUGCCUGAAAGUGCAUGACCUGGCAUUAAGGGCAGACUAUGAAAUAGCAUCCAAAGAUCAAGAUUUCUUCUUUGAGCUUGAUGCAAUGGACCACCUGCAGUCAUUUAUUGCAGACUGCGACCGGCGAACAGAAGUGGCUAAGAAAAGACUAGCAGAAACCCAAGAAGAGAUCAGCGCUGAAGUUGCAGCUAAAGCUGAAAGAGUUCAUGAAUUGAAUGAAGAAAUUGGGAAACUGUUGGCCAAAGUAGAACAACUCGGAGCUGAUGGGAAUGUGGAAGAAUCUCAAAAAGUAAUGGAUGAAGUGGAGAAGGCUCGGGUAAAGAAGAGAGAAGCAGAAGAAGUAUACAGGAAUUCUAUGCCUGCCUCUAGCUUUCAGCAGCAGAAGCUACGGGUUUGUGAAGUGUGCUCGGCUUAUCUUGGUCUUCAUGACAAUGACCGACGACUUGCUGAUCACUUUGGAGGAAAACUACAUUUGGGGUUUAUUGAAAUAAGAGAGAAGCUUGAGGAACUCAGGAGAAUUGUGGCUGAUAAACAGGAGAAACGAAAUCAGGAACGUCUGAAACGUAGAGAGGAGAGAGAAAGAGAAGAAAGGGAGAAACUAAGGAGGUCCAGAUCCCACAGCAAGCAUGCCAAAAGGUCUAGGUCCCGAGACCGCCGCAGGCACCGCUCUCGCUCAGCCUCGCGGGAACGGAAGAGAAGAACUCGAUCCAAAUCCCGUGAGAAGCGCCACCGCCACAGGUCCCGCUCCACCAGCCGCAGCCGGAGCCGCAGCCAUCAUAGAAGCAGGCACAGCUCCAGGGAGAGGAGCCGAGAACGCAGCUCCAAAAAGAGAUCCUCUAAAGAAAGAUCUUCCAGAGACAAAGAGCGUUCAAGAGAUCGUGAUAGAACAUCCCGUGACAAAGACAGAAGCUCGAGGGAGAGGUCGCCGCGGGAUUUCAAAGACAAGAAACGUUCGUACGAAAGUGCUAACGGCCGAUCGGAAGAGCCAAGGAGCUCAGAGGAGCGCGAAGCAGGGGAAAUAUAACUGGCUGUAUAUUCACCUGAUCUCUAGCUUCCUAUGGAGUUGCAUACUUUGGUUUAGUUUACAGUUGUUCAAAGGGACACCAGUGAGCAGUUCCAACACUGAUACAAUUAGGGUAGAUGUACAGUAUAUAAAAGUGGUUAUAACAAAAUCAGAAUUAAACCCCAUGAAUUAAUGGUGCCUAAAGCUGGGUCCUGGACUUCCACCAAGUUGUAAAACUUUCCUGAAAGAUUUCUCUUUAUUCAGGACAACAGUUUUAUGUACCAAGAUGCAGAUCUCAAUGUUUUUAAUCUCCUUUCCAAUACAAGUUAAUGAACAAAUUACAUUGUACUACUUGCCUUGGGUGCUUUUGAACCUUUAUAAAUUCUCCAAUUCUGCUCCAGUCAAAACAGCAGCAUUGAAAGGUUGUAUUUGGGGGGAUUUUUUUGUUUGUUUGUUUUUUUUGUAAGAGGGUGGGUGGAUGGAUGGAUAUUAACUUUUACUCUUAAGAUUAUGUUCCCAGUGUUGGGUUUUAUUUUUGUUUGGGAUCCUAGGAGUUGAUUACAGUGGGAGCAUUUAGACAGGAACGUGUGCUGGAGAAAGCGGAAAUGUCUUUUUACAGUGCCUAUUUAGACUUGGAAGUUGAACAGCUGUUGCAUUACAUCUUUUUUAUUUCUACUUAAAUUUUGAAAUCAAAGCCAGUCCCAUAUCUGUACCAUUUGAUUGGUAUGUGUUCAAUAUAUUUGUUUUUUUCCAGAA